AACUAGACUACAAAAAAAAGUAUUUUCUACUUUUAAAAACAUAUUGAGGAAAUUAAGUAGCAGUAAUUUAAGCAUGAGAAGGAACUGGUCCAGACUUUUAGUGACACUGUAGGAUUUCCACAUGGCUGCGAGUCAGGUGACCAAAUUCCAGCCAAUUAGAAUUGGGACACUAAUUCUGAGCCAUUUAUAAUGUGAAGGAUAAAUUCCAUUUGAAAGCAACAUUGCUGACGCCCUCACUGCGUAAACUUAAAGAGCAUACAUCACAGCCAGCAUUAUUCCUUAUGUAGGUCUCCCUUUACUCAUGUAGUCUCCUUUGUACAUGUUUCUGCUGCUGUUUCAUCUACAAAACCUUUGGCGUCUGAGGGGAAACAUCCAUCAUUUUAUUUCUUUUCUUUUUUGUUUUUAAUCCAAAAUUGUUUUUUUUUUUUUUGUUUUUUUUUUUUUUUGUGGUAGUAUUUGCCAUAUUCCACAUAAUUCUGCAUAUUUUGUGACUUGAAAUGUUUUUUCACCUUCUGCUGUAAAGCAUUGGCAGAAUAACCACGACGACAACCUUUAACCUUUAAGGUGGUUGGGAACAACAGGACUGGUCCUGUGAGACUUCCAAGUUCCAGACAGAGAAUCUGCUACUAGCCAACCAACCACACAUAGCAAGGAGAAGACCGUAGUUGUGAUAGUUAUGGUGAUGACCAAUGGAUACCGACAUCAGGAAGAAGGAACAGGAACACAAAUACAAGGCGGUCAGUAGGUGUCGCUAUCACGUUGCAACACCAUCUCGGAUGCAAAAACUCGUGAUGGGCGUCGAUGUGUUGCAUAUGGCUGUGCGACUUUAAUUUCUGGCUUUAACUCCAGUGGGUAAAAUAAACAUAAUCCUCCAUGAACCCUCUGCUCCUGCUACAGGAAGAUUUUGGGCUCCUCCACGUGGUCCACAUGCUCCCAGAGUCGGUGUUAGCUGUGAUCCUGCCAGAGAGACCACCUCUGUACACACCGCACACAGGAAACUAGCCGUGACUCAUUACACUGUCAGAAGAAAACAGAAGUGCUCAUGUGGACAUGCAGAGGUACCUGUGGCCUGGUUAUGAGGUGCAGCUUCUCGGGGGGUUGCAGAGACAACAGAACAGUGCCCAGUUCUGUGACACCCUGCUCCAAACUGAGGGUAUCUCAAUCCCAACCCACAGCUGCGUCCUUGCAGCUCUCAGCCCGUACUUGUCUCAGAAGCUUUCAGCCUCCCCCUCACCUCCAUCUGGACAGAAGCGUCAGCUCCAGCUCCAGACCAUGAAGGCCCAGACUCUGCUCAAGCUGGUUGGUCUGCUUUACUCUGGUGUGCUGGAGGUAAAAGGAAACAAUGAGAAGAGUGAUGUGCUGGCUGCAGCCCACCAGUUUGGAAUCACAGACCUUGUACGAGGACAGAAGGGUGGAGGGCCGAAAGAAGUCCAGGAAAGGAGGCAGAGUCUUGGGAAUUGCAGAGAGAGACGGGGAAGCCUAAAAAUACAGGAGACACAUGUUGAGGCUGAGGUGACGGGCACGGGAGAGGAAAAUUCACCAGUCAGAAAGAAAAUCAGUGUGUCUGUUGGCACACAGACAGCAACCAUUGCUGAAAAUUCAGUGGAGUUUGGAAAUCCGGAGCCUGCCUCCUCUGUAGCUCAAAGCCCGGAUGUUUGUAUCACUGUUCCACAUCUCACCCCUCGCCCCGCCGUUGCCAGUGAUGCAGAGUCUACAUUUGGCCAAACUUGUGACAGUGUAACGAAUCCCACAUCCACUUCAUCUUUUUCCAUUGACACUGUGGCUUUUCCUACCAUCAGUAAUGAUUCCAGUUCCUCGGAAGCUCAGGGCGACUGUUACCAAGAGUCAUCUGAGUCUGGGGACAGCAUCACCUGGUUGUCCAGAGAAAGGGCAGGAUUGGAGGAUGGAAAAUCAAACGGCACGGCAGCUGAGAGCGUAAAUGCAGAGCAGCCACGACAGGUCUGCAGAGAUGAGAUGAACGAAAAAGAAAACUCGAGUGAAAAGAGUCCUUCACCAUGCAGCGCAGCGGUGAAAGAUCUAACCAAGAUGAAGGAGAUUAUGGAAGACGCACAGAUAUCCAUCAAGGUGAAGCUGAAGAGAAGAACGACAGGAGAGAUGUGGGAGGUGGUGACGGUACAAAGCCCAAAUGAGACGUCCAUCCUGACAUCACCGACUCAGCCACAGACAGAUGCUGAGGAACUCGAGCCUCCUGCCUCCCCUGUCCCCCCAUGCCCUGUUCAGAAACCAGAGAUCCAGAACCUUCCACCUGCUGUAACCAGCUCUCCCACACAACCAGAGGAACACCACAGCACCACCUCUGAAUCCCAGUCUUUCUCCAGCAGCAGCUUCACCUCAAACCCCGACACUGAGCUUGAAUCAGCGCCGGUGCCUCAGCCGCAGGGCUCUGCGGACGAGUGUGACGAGCAGAUAGAGAAGCUGUUAGAGGACGUCAUGAUGAGCCUGAACAUCCUGCCCAACUUGGAGAGUAACUGUAAGAAGUUGGAGUCGAGCCACAAUGUUUGCCGAGUCCCAGUUUCGCAGGGUGACGCAGCCCAGGGUCGGAUGGAUCCUGUUGCCAGUGCAGCAGAGGUUGCUUUCUUUCAGGAUUUGGAGUCGCAAAGCAACCAGACGUCAGUGGAGACAGGUAUCCAUUGUUGCUUUGCAGCUCCAAACCAGCCCAAGUUGAUCCAGCAGCAGCAGCCGACUCCCCAGUGCAACCCAGCUGUCAGAUCUUUAUGGCAAAUCGAGGGAUUGAGCUGCCAGGGUUUGCCCCCAUUCAAAAGUCAAAAUUCUCUGUAUCCGGAAACAACCACAGGCUCAGCCCUGUCUUCAGCUUUCUCCACCAGAGGCCAGAAACUCCAUUACCCAGCAUUUCAGCCACCAUCCUCACAAGAUGAUCAACAGAGUCUCGAGUUUUUGCCUCUGCCAAAUGGAGAUGGGACACAGUCUAAACCCACCUUUUCCUCACCUUGCAUGGAUGACUUGCGGCUUCCUCAGCGUCUCUCCCCAUUAGAGCCAAGUUCAUCUGCAGCUAAAGGUCAGCCUCUACUCAACAACUCAGCAAACCCUGAACAUGAUGUCCAGCAGCAGCCAUCCUUACGUAGGAGACCCUGGCUCUCGGACAACGCUGGUUCACUGCAGUUUCCCUUUAGCAGCAUCAUUUGCACAGGUCAUAAAAGUACAUCUCCAUCACCAGAUCCAGAUCACAGCUGCCAGUCAAAGCAAGAGCAGCAGGAGAAGGAUUUGCAUUUAACAAAUAGAGGAACCAGUGCAGAAGGUUGCAAAGGGAAUAGCUUGAAAAAGAGAGGAAAAAAAUCAGCAGCAGAAGUAAAAUCGUACUCCAGGAGGCUGAAGGAGAGUUUCAAAUAUAGACAUGAUGACUCUACAGGAGACGGGAGGAAGAGAAGGCGCACAAAUUAUCAACAAGACUCCACCGGCUCUUGUUCUGCGUACAAAGAUUUAAAAGUCAGUGAUGGAACAAAGAAUUGUUCAGUGAGUUUGUCGAGUAACAAUGUGCUAUUGAAGGAAAGAGAAGUGGCUAUCAGGUCUUCAAAUGCACCAUCUGGACUUCCAGGGAAACCCAGCAAAAUGUUGCCCGUCAUUGACAUUAGGGAAGAAAAACCCUUUGGCACCAAGCAGUCUCGGAUCAGGACCAGGGGCUUUAUAAAAAAAUCUCAAGAGGCAGCAAAUAACACAACCCCACCUGAAACGCCUUGCAUUUUCAAGCCUAUCGUCAGCAGAGCUCAGCUUGUGAGUCAGGAUGGCGUCUCGCUCGCGAAAAGGAAACGUGGUAGACCCCGAAAAAUAAGACCUGUAGAGGACUCUACACAAAGUGUUCCUGCCGUUGUUGAAAACAAUGAAAAUGUCGACAAUGCGCAGGUCGACAGGGACUUGCCAAAGGAGCAGGAGGAGAAAAAAAUGGAGAAGUCGUGCAGAAAACGGAGGAGGAAUGAGAGCGAGGUGGAGGUCAGCCCAGUGAAGAAGACUGCGAGUGUCGAGCACACUGAAAAGGCUGAAGAAACCAAUGACUGUAACGUAAAACCCAGGACAGUGAAUCAGCGGCACGUGGUCACUCUGAAGGACAUUCAGAAGCUUUUUAAAUGGCAACAAGCACGAAGAAUGAAGUCCAAACAGACCCAGGAAACACAUGAACCUGCAACAGGCACAGAUGGCAUAUUGGAGAAAGGAGUGGACAUUAAAGACGGGACAAACUCUGAAGAACAUCACAAAGGUUCAAACAUCGCAGUUGAUAAAAAUCACAAUCUUCUUUUGAGCCUGUCUGCAGAGACAAACAGUCGUAUGAGCGAGAAGAGGAGUUUGGAUGGUGAUGAAGGCCACCCAGUGUCCUUAGACGUUGUGGAAGAAGAUGAAGCCAAGGUGACACCGGAGAGAGAGCGACCACUGGGAAGUCCUUAUGAAGGGAAAUCUGAUACAACGGGGUCUCCAUUCCUCAAUGAUGACUGCUCCUCUCACAGUGACACCCUCCUGCCUGAAGAAAACACAGCUUUGGACAUCAUGUUGCAGCCCUUGACCGUGAAGAUAACCAGUACAGACAAAAAGGGAAAAGAGGAGGAGGAGGAGGAGGAAGAAGAAGAGGUGGAUGUUCUGGUUUGCUCCCCAGAAAAAGCAUCUCAGACCAGAGAGUGUGAGGGGUUCCUCAACAACAUAGACAUGACUCCGAAUGAAGAUGAGGAAGAUGAUGUGAAUGAGAUUGACGUGACUGGAGACGAGGCAGAGUAACGUCAUGUACGUGUGUAUUUUCUACCCCGUCCAGUGGUCGGCUCUCACUCUAAUGCUGUCUCUGUUCUGGUUGUGUUUAUGUUCACAUGUCACAUGAAGUUGCGUAUAAAGAUUCAUUUUUACAUUCUUCACUUCAUGUUUUCACGGAUUUGGGUUUUCGUUUAGUUCCUUCUGUAUACGGUUCAAAAAGAUGUUUCAUUUCCUUUAAUAAUAUUCUAAAGAAAAAGUUACUUUUGUCAAUUUUAUAAAUUUUACAUUUUCAGCGAAAUUGUCUGAUGAAUAGAGGAAAAGGCACUUGAGUGGCCUUCAGUGAUGUCCCUCUGUAUGUUUCCAUUGUGGAAAAGCUCUGUUGUUUUAAGUCUAUAUUUGUAAAACUGUUUUAUGUACAUCAGUACAUAAUAUAAUUAUGGUUUAUUAAACGUUUUCAUGUGACUGCUUGCUUUCUUUAAAAAGCACCAUAGCUGAACACGAGGGCACUACAGAAUAUACACUCACUGGCCACAUUAUUAGUUACAUUUUUCUUGAAUUCUAAUUGGCAUAGAUUUAACAAAGUGCUGGAAAUAUUCCUUUUCCAUUUUGGUCCAUAUUGACAUGACAGCAUCACAUGUUACAGCUGGUUUGCUCCCCAGAUUUAUGAGCUACACAUUUAUAAUGCAAUAGUUUGGAUUGAGCUCUGGUAUCUAUGGAGGCCCUUUGAGUGUCUUGCUGGAAGCAGACAUAUGGAGAUUUGUACACUGUGGUCAUAAAGGGAUGGACUUGACACACAAAGCAAGGUAAAUCUAUGCUUUUAUGUUUACACCAGAACCAUCCAAAUACUGCAGAAGAAACCGAGACGUCCAAUUACAAAGCAGUUUUUUCUAACCCCAAAACCAAGCAUAGGGUGGUUAGUUGAGUUACUGUUGCCUGCUCAUCAGCUUGCAGCAGUCUGCCAUUUUCCUUUGUCCUCUGCCAUCUACAAUUAAUUUUUACCCAGAGAGCUGGUGCUCACUGGACAUUUGAUCUUUUUCUGAUCUCUCUGCAUUGGAACAUCUCAGAAGAUUCAAAGCAUUUAUUGUCAUGUGUACAAAGAAAAGCAUUUCUCUGUACAAUGAAAUUCUUUCUCUGGUGUCCACACACAUAUGCCGGUUAAUAUGUACUAAUAGAUAAAAUACAAAUAGCAUGAAUAAAUAAAUGGAGACAGAAGUUUCAGAAAUACAAAACAAACCAACUUUCUUCCUCAUUCUGAUGUUCAGUUUGAACUUAAGCAGGUUUUUUGUCCUUCACUUCCCUGUGAGGCUCUUAUCUUACUUUGGACAAAUAGAAAUACACACACACACCGGUAGAGGGCGCGCUUCCUGCUCGCUCCGCUUUCUGCUUUUUGAAUCCAACUUUAUUGUCACCGGAAGUGUGUGAGGGAAACGGCACACACGUGUUUUCGUGCAGGUUUGAAGGUUACAGAAGUAGCGGGUAGUGCUCCUUGCUUGCUGUCCGGAGGAGAGGCUCUGCGGGACGGCGUGUUUGUGGUUCGAGACCCGGUGAGAGCAGAACUGAAGCGGAGCCAUGGAUCCUGUGAAGGCGCAGCAGCUGGCGGCGGAGCUGGAGGUGGAGAUGAUGGCUGACAUGUACAACC